AUGAUACUGGUUAGGAAAGGAAAUGCGGCAAAAAUUCUGAAGUUUUCGAGAGUAGAGUCCUUCUGUGAUCGAAGUGUAGUAGCAGCCAUCGAGCACGAUUAUGUUUAUAGCGAAGCGUCGGGUGUUUGGGUUUCUCUGUUGUGUUCCUGCAACGACCUGUUGUUAUGCAUGCUGUGCGACUCGAGGUUAUAUUUGGUUAACCCCUCCACAAAGGAAACCAAGAAACUACCAGAAACACCAAAAGAAGAGAAGUAUCGUAGUUCAAUCAAUCUAUAUGGGAUUGGAUUUGAUCACCCCACUUAUGAACACAAGGUGGUUAAGGGACUCUACACGAAACACAAUCGCUUAAUCAACCUCUUGCUCGGUGAUUUUCAUGAAGACGUUGUGUUUAGUGUUUACACGCUGGAAACCGAUUCUUGGAGAAAGAUCGAGGGAUCAUUUCCCUACAGAUUUUAUGCAAGUGAACAAGGGAUUAUGCUGAACGGAGAUCUCCAUUGGUUCGGGGAAAGACUCGAAGACCAGUCACGGCUGAUUGUUUCCGUCGCUCUAACGGGGGAGGAGAGGGUUCGAGAAAUUCCGCUCCCGCUUGAAUGUGGUUAUGUCGGAAGUACCAAUCAGAGGAUGAAACUGGUGUUGUGCUAG